GAGACACGUUAGUUACACUCAAAACACAGAUCGCAUCAGAAUUAACACAACAACGUGCUGUUCGUAGUAAAGUGCUGACGAUAAACAAAUAUUUGACACGACGAAUUAAUUUUGAUGAAAUAACUUGUAUACUUAAAAGUGCUAACAUAAAGUGAAUUUUUUUACGCAUUUGUGAAACAUAAAAGUCUAAAAUGACAGCAGAAACUGAUCAAGUGACUAAUUCCGGCGCGCCGGCGACCUCAUCGUCGGGAAAAGCAUUCCACUCGAUUUGGCUGCAGUUGCAAAGUCUCCUCAACACUAUCAAUCACAUUUUGAUCGCACUAGUUGGCCUCUACUUUACAGUCUUGGGACGCAGUCUAAAUUUCCAAGACACCGCAAUGCAUGCCUUCCUAACCGUCAUUGGGUACCAUGUCCUCAUGGCCGAAGCACUGAUGUCACAUUAUCCAAUCAACUUCGUAACGAAUCGUUUCACUCACCGCACUAAAUCAAAAAUUCACGGCGUCAUACAAUUGGUGGGCGGUGCGAUGGCUUUGCUGGGCUCCAUUGGUAAAAUCUCGCAGACGGAAGUGCACUUCACCACGUGGCAUGGCAAAAUAGGUCUUGCUGCCACAUUCCUCUGCAUCGUGAAUCUGAUUGGCGGCACCGUCACCUAUUUUCAACCCAAGUUCAUACGUAAAUCUCACCCACCGGCGGUGCUGAAAUUCAGGCACAAUCUAUCUGGCAUGGUCGCCUUUACGCUGGGCAUGUUGGCCAUCUUCCUUAGCUACCGCACUAAGUUCACCUAUAAAUAUGUGGAUCCGGAAUUUAUUGUAGUCUUAAGUUUGGCGACGGUUUUGGUGUAUGUCUUCACAAUGAUUGCGCCGAUGCGUUCCUUUUUAGAUAAACUUAAAUAUCGGAAGCAACAAUAACAAGUAUUUCCAUGUUUGUACUCAGUAUGCUUAACUCAUAGUUUAUUUGACGGUAAUUAGUAAAUUAUUUAAAAAAAGAAGUGAGGAAGUUGUUCUUUAAUUUAUUUUAGUUUGUUAUUUAGCAUUGCCAACAACUAUUCAGUCAUGUUGAAGUUAUUGUUCAUUAAUAAACGCUUAAUUUUAAUGCCAACCUUG